CUAAAAAACGCAAGGAAAACAGAAAAAAUCGCAAAAAAAGCAAAAAAAUUAAGAAGAAUGGAGAAAGUUCGCAUAACUAAUUUACGAAUUAUCGAAAAGUCCGAUGUUGGUGGCAAUUACUACUAUGUAAUUUUCAAUAACGAUGAGCCAGAGGACAGCAUCAAGAGAGUUUUCUUUGCUUUUGCUAAUCGCGUUAAACGCCAUUGGGAAGUAUUGAGCAGCAGUUAUGACAACUUGAAGGAAGUAGAGAUCGA